GCAUCAUCUCCUCCCUCUCACAGCCGAGCGGGUCUCCGAGUCUCUGUCCUCCGGCUCCAGCUGUAUGUCUGCAAGGGCUGCUCUGCGCCGGUGGGGAUAUACCGUUACCGAUGCUCUCCAUCUAACGUGAAAAUUUCAUACAACUGUUUUAAAUACCGGCAGAAGCAAUGGGAGCUUUCGGAGUGAUAAUGGGGCUUUUACAGUACGCGGGACUUUACAUUCAACUUAACGCAGCUCUUAACGACGGACACGGAGAGGUGGAUAAUCACAUCUCUGGGAACGCACUGUUUACAGAGGUCCCACACGACAUCACGACACACAGCGGUGAGGAUGUAGAGAUGGCCUGUUCCUUCCGUGGGGCGGGCUCUCCCUCCUACUCCCUGGAGAUCCAGUGGUGGUACAUCAAGGACCAUAGAGAGUGGCAUGAGAAGCCUCCCUAUAUCACUAAUAAUGUCGUACCCUUGGAGGAGACUGUCAGAGAUGCCACUAAAAUUAGUGUGGUGAAAGUGGCCGGUAGCAACAUCUCCCACAAACUCCGUCUGUCCAGCGUCAAACCAACAGACGAGGGCACGUACGAGUGCCGCGUGAUCGACUACAGCGGUACUGUGGCACAGCACCACCGUGUCCGGGCCUACCUCCAGGUGAAGCCCGAGAGGAGUCAGGGAUCAGAGGGUGUCCAGUACAAGUCGCAGGGCAGUCACCCACACUUGCCCCAUCAAUCUGACUGUGACGAGAGCUGUGUGCUUUAAAACGGGCCACGUGCCCGGCACUUUGCAUGUUCAUGACUUCACUCUGUAAAGAGGGACACUCAUCAGCGCACUAAUUUAUCACACGGCUGAGACCCUUUGUGUUUCAUGGUUUGAUUGUUCAUCUUUAAUAUUGUUAUUUGAAUUCCAUUGCUGCUCAGUGGGCAUGGUUUUGCUGACAGUACAUCUGAUUGACUCCAUCUGUGUGCAUUAAGUUUACCAUAAUGUGACAGUAAGGCUGUAAUGACAAAGAAGAAGUUUUAUGUUAUUAUUGUAGACCCAAGAUACAGACAGACGAUGCAGUGUGCCACUUCUAUUGUCUUUUACCAAAACGUGUGCUGAAAGCUGCAGUAUUCAGUACAAAUGCUUUGUAAGAAAAACUGAAUAAUUUUACACUUUUUCAUUAUCUGAAAACUUUUCCGUGCAUUGGUUUUAAAUCGUGUAGUCCUUGUUUUUUGGCGCCUUAAAGGCAAAGUGUAUAUUUAGCUUUCUAACCCAUAACUAGUAUGUCUGUAACAAUGCAAGUGUACGCCCUCGUCACAUCGAGAUAAGAUAUCUGUUCUUGUGUAUUCACUUAUUUGCACUGUAUACUUUUAUUGUCUUACAAAGUUACUCAGUGCCAAUCAAACAAAUAUUCCAACCUCAGCUAGUACAUAAAUCACACUAAAAUUUUGCCCUAGUUUUCUGAACAAAGAUACCCUUUUUGUUUUUUUCCCAAAUCACACCUUGACUGUGUUUGCCCCGUUGCUACUGUUGUGUUAAAUGCUUUCAUUUUAAAUUAUAAAUUCAAUUCUGUGAUUCUGGUCUCUGUCUUGUGUUUGAUCAAAUAAAGUUUUACGGUAAUUUAAAUACAUUUCAAGGUGUGCAGGCUUACUACUCGUGAGAUUCAGUGAUGCUUUAAAUUCUUUAUAUCAGUUAUACAGUAUGUUUACUGCAUACUAAUCACUCUGCACGUUUGUAAGAUUAUAGGUAAGUCGUGUUCUUGAGUGGUGAAUCGUGUUAUGUGCUUUUGGAGCAUACGGUCACGUUUUACGGUGUGUAAGCUGACACAUUUGUAGACGGGAUAAACAAAGGAUUUUCCCCGUGCAUUGUAUUAUAUUCCGUGCUGCCACAAACGGCUGACAGGUUGUGUUGUGCUGCCAGCUGCUGUGCAACACAAACAGUGCAUUCUUCAAAAGCUUUGCAGGCUUUCUUUUUCUUAACAGUUUAUCUCCGUGACCAGCAGAGAGCACUGCUUCCUCCAAGCUUUGAAAUGCAGUAAGUCACAAACAUGCAGAGACACUUCCAUGCACUCAUGCUGUUAAGAGAAAAGAGAAAACUAGAAUACUGAUGCUUUCUUUAAAAGCACAGCACAAAUUAAAGAGUUCAGCCUGCUCGUGAUAUGAGUUUGUAGCAUAUUUGAGAUGUAUCUGUGGUAUCUUGCACUGUUAAAUGGUGAAUAAGCUUUACAGGUCUGUGGCUGUGUUCCAGUUCCAGUUUGGCACUGUGAUCUGCAGUUGUCUAAUACAAUGAUAAUUGUGUCAUAAAGCUAGAGCCCUCUCUGGUCAUUUAGAAGUAUUUGGAGGACAGACACUGGAGCCAUGAGAGGCAGAUGAAAGGGAACAGGUGCCAGAGAGCUCUGCUGCAGGAGCUGAAGUAGACAUGGAAAAAGAUGUGCAUGUGAAAUGGGACUGAAAGCAGUUAUGCAUGUUUUUUUAAAAGUUAAUCAACUGUCUUUUUUUGUCUCUCUGACUACAGAGGAUUUGAGAAAAGAAUAUAAAGGAAACUGACAUGUAGUAACUUGCAGAAUAUUCCACAGCUCAGUCUGAGUAUAAUCAGUGAUGAAGGAUUUAUAAGUGAGAGGAGAUUAUGAUGAUCUUUGUUUUAAGUAAAGCUUGCAUUGCAAUAAUAACACAGGGUCAUUAAAUGAUGUAAUAUGUUAGGAGACAAAAGAUUAGCUUGCAAAGUGUGUUUGAAGUAUUCAUUUAUAAUCUCAGUACAUACGGGUAACUAAUGCCGGCAUAUUUACUGGGGAUAGAGAUGCUACCAUAAAAGGAAUAUUUGCAGAGUCUUAGUGUGCAUGCGGAAAUGGAUCCCAUGAGUACAAUAAAAUAUUCAGGACUGGCUGUGAUUAGCCAGGGAAAUAUUUACUGUAUAUAAACAAUAAGAGAAAAAGCACCAUAAACACAGCUCCUCCAUAUCGCCUUUGCUGUAGUUAGUCCAACUGUGUUGGCUGUCAUAUAAUACGCAAACAAAAACCUACACAUUGCAUCCAAGUCAUGUGGAAACAAAGCCUGGCAAACAAGAUUUUUAAUUUUGUCAAAUAACACAUAAUACUUAAAAUGGUCAGAUUGUGGCUGGUAUCACUGAGUACAAAGCAUUCAUAAAUCACAGUAAAAAAAAAAAAAAUGGGGCUCAGACUAAAGUAUAUAUCCACA